AUGAGCAAAGAGAGUACUAGUACUGUUUUCAAGGCAUGGGAGGCCACAGUUCGGAAGACGCAGGCUGCAAGAAAACGUGCAAAUAGUAUAUUUGGACUUUCCGUGGAUCACGAUCACGAUCAUGACAACAGUGAUCAUGAUGAUCACAGUAGCGACGAUAGCGAUUAUGGCCCCGAGGACAUGAUAUACAAUGCAGACAAGAUACUUGCGAAUGGAGAAUACUACACCGGACAAUGGUGCGAAAAUUUUCCUCACGGGCAAGGCAAGUAUUUGUGGACGGACGGGUGCAUGUACGUAGGAGAAUGGUUUAAAGGAAAAACUAUGGGGAAAGGCAGGUUUAGUUGGCCUUCUGGGGCUACCUAUGAAGGCGAGUUUAAAAGCGGCUAUAUGGAUGGCAAUGGCACAUACACAGGUGCUAAUGGUGACACCUAUAAGGGACAGUGGGUUAUGAAUUUGAAGCAUGGCCAUGGUACCAAGAGUUAUUUCAAUGGAGAUUGGUACGAAGGCGAAUGGCGAAGAGGGUUGCAAGAAGGUCAUGGCAAGUACCAGUGGAAAAAUGGGAAUCAUUACAUUGGAGAAUGGAAGAAUGGAGAGAUAUACGGGAAAGGGACAUUUGUUUGGAGUAAUGGGAAUAGGUAUGAUGGGACUUGGGAAGACGGCAUGCCUAAAGGAAAUGGGAAUUUCAAAUGGCCUGAUGGGAGUCUUUAUGUGGGGAAUUGGAGUAAGGAUCCGAGUGAGCAAAACGGUACUUAUUAUCCAUCUCAAUCAUCUUCAGAUGCCAAUCUCGAAUGGAAUCGUCAAGACGUGUAUAAUAUUGAUUUGAAAGAUAGUAAGAUUUGUCCAGGAGAGAAAGUUUCGAUUCUGCCAUCACAGAAAAAGCUUGCAGUUUGGAGGUCAUCUAAGGGCAAUGGGGUACAGCCGAGAAGGAUGUCAGUGGAUGGAAGGGUAAGUGUAGGGCUGGAGAGACCGUUGGAUAGGAUGCAAAUGUGGGAUGGUGAUGAUCCGGCUGCUGCUGCUGCUGAUAGAGCAGCUUCAACUGUUGGUAGAUCAGAUCAACUGGAUGAUCACGAUCGCGAUCUUGUUGGUCUAACUGUUGAAGAAAGGGGCCAAAUGAAGGUAUCCAAGACAAGUAGGAGGCAAGGGGAAACCAUCAGCAAAGGCCACAAAAAUUAUGAACUCAUGCUCAAUUUACAGCUUGGAAUUAGACAUUCAGUUGGAAGACCAGGUCCAUCUGGAACCCUUGAUCUGAAGCCUUCCGCGUUCGACCCCAGAGAAAAAUAUUGGACAAGAUUUCCUCCUGAAGGAUCCAAAUACACUCCACCGCACCAAUCCUGUGAAUUUAAAUGGAAGGAUUACUGUCCAUUAGUCUUCAGGACUCUGAGGAAGUUGUUCAAGGUGGAUGCAGCUGACUAUAUGCUCUCCAUCUGUGGGAACGAUGCUCUUCGAGAACUCUCGUCUCCUGGUAAAAGUGGUAGCUUCUUUUACUUGACUAAUGAUGACCGAUACAUGAUUAAGACAAUGAAGAAAGCGGAAGUAAAAGUUCUUAUAAGGAUGCUCUCUGCCUAUUACAACCAUGUUCGAGCAUACGAGAACACGCUGGUCACUAAAUUUUAUGGUCUACACUGUGUAAGGCUAACAGGGCAACCUAUUCAAAAGAAGGUGCGGUUUAUCAUUAUGGGAAAUCUUUUCUGUUCCGAAUAUACAAUUCAUCGACGCUUUGACUUGAAAGGAUCUUCCCUUGGUCGAACAACAGAUAAGGCUGAUACAGAAAUUGAUGAAAUGACCAUACUUAAAGACCUUGAUCUUAACUUUAUAUUUCGACUUCAGAAGUCAUGGUUUCAAGAGUUCUGCAGGCAAAUUGAUAGAGAUUGCGAGUUUCUUGAACAGGAAAGAAUAAUGGAUUAUAGUCUCUUAGUUGGUCUUCAUUUCAGAAAUACAUCAGCAGCUGGGGAUCUGAUUCCUUCUGGAGCUCUUACACCUACUGCUGAGAAUGAGGGUGAUGGAACUCCCAAACUUUCCCGAGCAGACAUGGAUCAACUUCUUUUAGAUCCAUCCAGAUGGGCUAGUAUUAAACUUGGGUUGAACAUGCCAGCACGAGUGGAGAAGACUGAGAGAAAAAGUGACUGUGAAUUUCAGCUUGUAGGAGACCCAACAGGAGAGUGUUAUGAAGUUAUAAUGUUUUUUGGCAUCAUAGACAUACUUCAGGACUAUGACAUUAGCAAGAAACUUGAGCAUGCAUACAAGUCCAUCCAAUAUGACCCAACUUCUAUAUCAGCAGUUGAUCCUAGACAAUAUUCAAGACGCUUUCGCGAUUUCAUAUAUAGAGUAUUCGCUGAAGACACUCCAUAA